CUUGCAUUCCAAACUCCGGUUUUCGACAUGCGAUUUAGGGUUUCCGGUUUGGGGAAUCCGAAAUCCUUUCCCUCUUCUUUGUGGCUGGGGUACGGCGGUGGAGGUGGUGGUUCACUAGCAACGGCGGUGGACUGUUACAGAGGUAAGGGUUUCGGGUUUCCUUGCUUUGGAUUAGGGGACUUCGAACUUAAGGGUUUCUGACAUUGGGGUUCUGAAAUUCCAAAUUGGAUGGUUUUUGGGGUUGGGUUUGUGGCUGUUAAGCUGGUGUAGCUGUAGUUCUUUGGUUUUCUGCAAAUUUGGAGGUUAGGGUUUGUGGUAGUUGUGACUGUUGGAGACCGAGUGCGGGAGCGGUGGUUCUGGCGACCGGUAGUUUUGUGGUGGUGAAGUCAGCGGUGGAGGUGUAGUUAGUGUUGACUGGAGGUUUGUGGUAACCGUAGAUCUGUGGUAGGUGGCUGUUCAGGUGGUUUCCGGCGGUGGUGGUUGCGUGGUGGCUGGCGUUUGUGACUUGGUGGUAUCUGCCCCUGUUUUCUCCAUUUCUGUAGCUGCCAUGGCUGAGGGAAGUUCAGGUUCUGCCGCAGUCCCUGACUUUGAUCCCGACACUUACAAUCCUUCACCAUACAUUUUUGAGCCUGUUGGAUUGAAGCUUCGCAAACCAGAAAUCACAACAUAUGACGACAACGUGGUCUUACGGGAGCCGUUGGUCCAUCUUUCAGUCUACAACCGAGUAGAGGCGCAUGAGUAUGUCAGGGGUCAUGGCGGUUCAGGGCAGGUGAAGAAAUAUUACGAGGCCCUUCCUGCCGGGGCAAAGGAGUUGGUACAGGGCUCGGGUUUUGGGGAGUUUGUUCAGUUGGUAGGGGAAACCAGUAACGAUCGCGUGCAACUGACGGCCUUGACGGAGAGAUGGUGGGAUACCACGAACACAUUUCAUUUCCCUUUUGGAGAAGCCACUAUGACGCCCAUGGAUUUUGUAGCCAUCACUGGGAUACGAGUCGGCGGGAAUCCAAUUCCAUUUGACAUGAAAUUGUACAAGGACCGUGCUACUUUAGCUUACUUUUUGGGUCGGGUGCCUGAGGAGAUAAAUGAUACGGGUACAAUCCGCUUCAGUUGGUUUUAUGAGCAAUUUGAGAAGGACAAGGACACUUAUACCACAGAGAGGGACUUUGAGCAGGUUACUCGUGCUUUCGUGUUAUAUUUGUUCGGGGCCACCUUGUUUCCGACAAGGACAGUCGGGUCCACCUCCACUAUCUAGCAGGGAUGAAAAGUUUGGCGACCAUGAGGGAUUAUGAUUGGGGGGGAGCUGCACUUGCUACUUUGUAUGGUAACAUGGGGGUGGCCUCUAGGAAUAUGAAACCCAGUAUGGGAGGAUAUUGGCGAGUUUGGGAGAUAUGGAGCUAUGAGUUUUUAGGGAUGCAUGUCCCUGAAAAUGAUUAUCAUGACCCGUUGGUGAUCCCCCGAGGAAAAAAGUGGUCACGGAAUUCAAAGGGGAGGAAAGAGGGUGGCAAGGAA